UUCAUUUCUCUUUAUUGUUCUUGUUUCUGAAUCUCUUCCAACUUUUCUUCUACCUAAUUUAAUGUUCAGCUUCAGCACAUAAUUAAGCCCAACUCUCUUCUCUCUACACCUUGUUGUUCCCCUUCAUCAGUCUAAUUUAAAACUGUGUCUUUAAGAUUCAAGAUCUGCAUGCGCAGUGAAUGUCCGAACCAGAAGACAUGAGUCUAUCGGUAAAUGGACAGUCCCAGGUUCCCCCAGGUUUCCGAUUUCAUCCAACAGAAGAAGAACUCUUGCACUACUACUUAAGGAAGAAAGUAGCCUAUGAGAAGAUCGACUUGGACGUAAUUCGGGAUGUGGAUCUGAAUAAACUCGAGCCAUGGGAUAUACAAGAAAAAUGCAAAAUAGGAUCCACCCCUCAAAAUGAUUGGUACUUCUUCAGCCACAAAGACAAGAAGUACCCGACAGGAACGCGAACCAACCGUGCAACGGCUGCCGGCUUCUGGAAGGCCACCGGCCGUGACAAAGUUAUCUAUAGCAGCUUUAAGCAAAUCGGCAUGAGGAAGACACUAGUGUUCUAUAAAGGUCGAGCCCCACAUGGACAGAUAUCUGAUUGGAUCAUGUAUGAGUACAGACUUGAUGAUCGCACCGCUACUACUGAUACAAACGUAAACGAGGAGGGGUGGGUGGUUUGCCGUAUUUUCAGGAAGAAAAACCAUCACAAAUCUAUAGAAGCCAAGAGAUCGUCGUCUGUUGUUACUGUAGACGCGAAUACACAUACAGUUAAUACGAGUAGAGACGUGGCUCUGGAUCAGAUUCUUCAGUACAUGGGAAGGAAUUGCAAGCAAGAAAAUGAAACAGGCAACACCACAACCAGCACUGACAGAAACAACACUAGAUUUCCCAGGCCGACCGAAAUAGCAAUCAACAAUGAUCUCCAGGAAAGAAUCUCGCAACUCCCAGCACUUGAGAGCCCAACUCUACUGUCACUUAGAAAAGAUAGCAUAAGGCUAGAUGAUAUUCAGAGUUGUAGCAGCCAAGUUUGUUACCAACCCAUUCAAGACCUGCAUCAAGUGUUCACAGACGACUCUGAAACAUCUGCAACCGACCAAGUCUGCGGCAAUACAAACCCGAUUUACCAUGCUGAAUCAGGGCUGAGUGACUGGACCACCCUGGAUCGUCUGCUCGCACACCAUUACCACCUCAUUGGUCAGGCAGAAACGUGCAAACAUUUGCCUUUCUUCACAAAAGAUUCCAGCAUGGCUUUUGGUUCAGACCCUCUUCACCUUCAACUACGUGACUCAAACACAUCUUCAUCAUAUCACAAUUCCCAGGACUCUAGCAGCGAGAAUGAUCCUUGGAGCAUAACUCGGUCAUGUUAUCUGUCGACAGACCCACCGCACCACGUGUCGAAUGCUUAAAGUACGAUAUGCCAAGUCAAUGUCAAAUAGGCGUGCGUGUGUUUUUCACACAAAUAUACAUAUAAAACGGUAAUUUUCCAGUAUCGAGUCAAGGCAUGACGUGCCCAGCCCUGUACUGCGCCUUUUUAAUAAUCAACAUUGAAAGUUUUGAGGGUUUUUUCUUGCCACGUGGCAAUGGUGGGCAUUGUAUUUGACUAUUUGUCGCACCACAUUAGUACCGGUUGCCAAAUACUCCAAAAAGAUGCAACAGAUGGCAAGUUACACGAUGCUGCACAGUCAAGUCUAUUUUGCAAGUCUAAUGUAUAAGGUACCGUUUGGCAAGUCUUUUUAGUUUAAAGAUUUUAAGUGCAAAAAUACAGAAAUCUUCGUUUAAAGCUUUUAGAGUUUUGGUCAUUUUUAGUUUCCAUGAGUAUUGGUAAACACGAAAAGACUUUCCAAACACCUCCUAAAUAUGCAAAAGCUGUAACCAAUUUUCUCCAUUUUUUCCUAUAUCUUGUAGCUUAGAUCUUUUCUAGCCC